UCUAUCGUUAUUUACGUGACGUGAUGCAUGCGUUUUAGCCACCACAAGUGUGGUCGCCAUACAUUUAUGCGUUCUGUCAUAGCACGUAAAUACACAAAAUUGUGAUAGUUAAAUAUGUCAAAACGACAUAGGAUUGACGUAGGAGAUGUCCAAGUAGCUAAGAAAAGCUGCAUGCCAUUUUUCAGAGACAGAGAAAUCGAUCGGGACUACGAUCGUGAUGGAGAGAAAACGAGGGAGAGAACUGAGAAUCACCUGUCUUCUUCUGCUUCAGUUACACCAUCUCAACAAAUGAACCCACUCACUGGGCUACCAUAUACCUCUCGUUACUACGAGUUGUUCCGGAAACGAAUUGCUCUUCCUGUCUGGGAGUACAGAGACAAGUUUUUUGCCUACCUCAGCACCAAUCAGAUUCUUGUACUUGUUGGUGAGACAGGAUCUGGCAAAACAACUCAGAUUCCACAAUGGUGCGUGGAGCUACUACGGAAAAAGAACGAUGGGCGCCGAGGAGUUGCUUGUACUCAGCCUCGGCGAGUGGCUGCCAUGAGUGUAGCAGCACGUGUUGCAGAGGAAAUGGAUGUGGCACUUGGUCAAGAAGUUGGCUACAGUAUUCGUUUUGAAGAUUGCUCGUCGCCAAAAACCAUUCUCAAGUACAUGACUGAUGGUAUGCUUUUACGAGAAGCCAUGAGCGACCCCUUGCUGGAGUCCUAUGGUGUGGUUUUGCUUGAUGAAGCUCAUGAGAGAACUUUAGCCACGGACAUCCUUAUGGGGGUCCUCAAACAGGUAGUAACACAGCGUCCCGACCUCAAGAUUGUCAUUAUGAGUGCUACACUCGAUGCUGGCAAGUUCCAAAACUACUUUGACCACGCCCCAUUGAUGAACGUGCCCGGAAGGACCCAUCCUGUGGAGAUUUUCUACACGCCAGAGCCUGAACGCGAUUAUCUGGAGGCUGCCAUUCGCACGGUCAUUCAAAUUCAUAUGUGUGAAGAAAUUGCUGGGGAUAUCUUGUUAUUCCUAACUGGCCAGGAGGAAAUAGAAGAGGCUUGCAAACGUCUCAAGCGUGAGAUUGACAAUCUGGGACCCGAAGUUGGAGAAAUGAAAUGCAUCCCACUGUAUUCCUCACUGCCUCCAAACAUGCAACAACGCAUCUUUGAACCUCCACCUCCAAAUAAGCCCAAUAAGGCGAUAGGGAGGAAAGUGGUUGUGUCGACAAAUAUCGCUGAAACUUCUCUCACGAUUGACGGUGUUGUGUUUGUGAUUGACCCUGGCUUUGCCAAACAAAAGGUGUACAACCCUCGUAUACGUGUGGAAUCUCUCCUAGUAUCACCAAUAAGCAAAGCAAGUUCUCAGCAGAGAGCUGGCCGUGCUGGUCGAACUCGACCUGGCAAAUGUUUCCGGUUGUAUACAGAAAAGGCGUACAAGACAGAAAUGCAAGACCAAACCUACCCUGAGAUCUUGCGUUCUAAUUUGGGAUCUGUUGUGCUGCAACUCAAGAAGCUUGGGAUUGAUGACUUGGUCCACUUCGAUUUCAUGGACCCCCCUGCUCCUGAGACAUUGAUGCGGGCCCUGGAGUUGCUGAAUUACCUUCAGUCAUUGGAUGAUAGCGGCGAGCUGACCGAGCUAGGGUCUAUAAUGGCUGAAUUUCCUCUGGAUCCUCAACUGGCUAAAAUGCUGAUCACAUCGUGUGAUUAUAACUGCUCAAAUGAGGCCCUUUCCAUCACAGCUAUGCUGUCAGUUCCACAGUGUUUUGUGCGUCCCAACGAAGCCAAGAAGGCAGCUGAUGAAGCCAAGAUGCGCUUUGCCCACAUUGACGGCGACCACCUGACUCUCCUCAACGUCUACCAUGCCUUCAAGCAAAACCACGAAGACACUCAGUGGUGCUACGACAAUUUCAUCAACUACCGUUCUCUGAAGAGUGCCGACAAUGUUCGACAGCAGCUAUCACGAAUCAUGGACCGCUUCAAUUUGAGACGGACGUCAACAGAGUUCACCAGCAAGGACUACUACAUCAACAUUCGGAAGACACUAGUCUCAGGAUUUUUCAUGCAGGUGGCCCACCUGGAAAGGACAGGCCACUAUUUAACCAUCAAGGACAACCAGGUGGUACAGUUGCAUCCCUCUACAUGCCUUGACCACAAGCCAGAAUGGGUUGUCUACAACGAGUUUGUGCUCACUACCAAGAACUACAUCCGCACAGUGACAGACAUCAAGCCCGAAUGGCUUAUAAAGAUAGCACCCAAUUACUACGACAUGUCGAAUUUCCCUCAGUGUGAAGCAAAACGACAGCUAGAGUUGAUUAUAGCCAAAAUGGAGACCAAGCAGUACCAAGAGGGGUUCUGAAACAACUCCUAAUGUUUGCCUGUUCAAAAGGCUCUCAAAAAUGUUAUGUACAAACUGUGUUCAUUCCUUUUCAUGCCUCAUAUUCAUGAUCCUUUCAGUGGACUUCCCUGUGUUUUAUUCACAUGUGUGUGUCAAAGGACCACGCAAUGCCAAAUGGCGACAUCCGAGUCCAUCUGGUGUUCUAAUAAAGCUCGUUCCUUGUGAGUGAGUGAGUGUGUGAUUGAUCAUGUUGAGCUGUUGUAAAUGCAAUUACUGUGACAUUACUUAAAAUUGGAGUCGGGGGCACUCUUUUACAACCCUACCUUCAUCGUUGCUGCUUUCUAAGUUUUUGCUUAUCUGUCAGGAAUUCAAGUAUCCAGUUAAACAUCAAAUUUUGUUCCUUUGUUGGGAUUCCUACUAGCAUUUUUUGCAGCAUUGUGUUAACCGUGAUUGCUGUCUUUCUGCCAAAGGGCUUGUAAUUAAUUUACAUAUUUGUUCUGUGAUCACACUUAUUUUUUAGCUCUGCUUUCUCAUAUAUAGUAUUUUUGGUGAAGAACUGACAUGUUUUCAUUGUGUUUUGCCCAUUCAGUAUAAAGUGCAGGAUAAUAGGAACCAUUCUGUGCACUUCUUAGAAUGCAUGAAGAAUUGUUUGUAUCAUAAUCCAACAUGCAACAUAACUUUGCCAGUGUACCAUUAAUGUACAGCUUGCCAGUGCCAUUAUCACUGGAAGUAAAGUAGCUCAACCUGGUAUGGUCCACACUCAAGGCAUGCGUUUACAGCACACAUUUUUGAAACGGGGGUUGAUACACUUCUGUUUUGCAUACCAUCAUUCUGUUGAAAGAUUUGGAAUGUAGCACCUGUAAUUUUAAACCUGUCUGCAAAAUCAAGCAGCUUCUCAUGAGUGACACAUCAUAUGAAUGUUUUUGGAAAAAUAAAAUGUGCUUUAGUUAGUGGA